CUUAAGAGUGUAUUAAACUAAAAUAUCCGUGACUAAAAAGUCUUAGAAGAAGAAGAAAAAUAAAGCCCAAAAUUUCAUCUCCAUCUCCAUCUCCAUGAUUCUUCUCUCCUCCGUAUCAAAAAAUGCAAGCACUCCUACUCCUCCCUUUUCUUGUUCUGAUAAUAUGUACACUCAUUCUCCUUAAGCUCACUCACACCCUCUUAUGGGUCCCAUGGAGUAUACAACGCCAUUUCAACAAGCAAGGCAUAGUCGGACCUACUUACCGCCCGAUCUUUGGGAACACGGGUCAGAUCCGACAGUUAUACUCCGAAGCCCAAUCCAAGACCAUUCAAAUAUUUCCAGGAGGCCCCGGUGAGGAUCCACUAGUCAUCAAUCAUGAUAUCACUCACCGGGUUAUGCCUUUUUACCAUAAGUGGUCGGCCAUAUAUGGUAACACUUUUCUUUACUGGUUUGGGCCUAAGCCCAUGCUUGCUAUUUCUGAUCCACUUAUGAUUAAGGAAGUGCUAAUCAAUAAUAAUGUGUUAUUCAAGAAAUUGAAGUAUAAUCCCUUGGCUAAGAUGUUGUUUGGUCAAGGCCUUGUUGGCCUUGAUGGUGAUCAUUGGGCUUUUCAUCGCCGUAUUGCUAAUCAGGCUUUUAGCAUGGAGAGGGUUAAGAGUUGGAUACCAGAUAUUGUUGCUAGUACAAGAAAGACAUUAAUAGAAUGGGAGGAAACCAAGGGAAGCCAAGAAGAAUUCGAAAUGGAAGUGCAUAAAGAGCUUCAUAAUCUGAGUGCAGAUAUCAUAUCUAGGACCGAUUUUGGAAGCAGUUAUGAAGAGGGUAAACGAAUAUUUGAAUUGCAAGAACAACAAAUGCACCUCGUUUCCCUUGCUCUCCGAAGCAUUUACAUUCCUGGGUUUAGGUUAGUAUUCUCUAUUACACUCUAUAAAUGUAUAUCAUUAACAUAUAAAAAAUGCGUUCAUUUUUUUGAAUACAGGUUUUUACCAACUGCAAAAAACAAAGAGAGGUGGAGGUUAGAUAAGGAAACUCGAGAUUCGAUUAAGUUAUUGAUGACGAAAAAUAGUGAAACAACUAGGAAUAAAAGUAACUUGCUAAGUUUAUUCAUGUCAGCUACUGAAAAUGAGGGUGGCAAAGUAAAGAGGUUGAGUAUAGACGAAGUUGUAGAGGAGUGUAAGACUUUCUACUUUGCAGGGAAGGAAACAACUGCUAAUCUACUUACUUGGGCACUCAUUAUGUUAAGUGCUCACCAAGAAUGGCAAAACAAAGCUAGGGAUGAAGUUUUUCAAGUUUGCGGUGUCCAUGGUCUCCCUACCGUUGAUAACAUCAAUGACUUCAAACUUAUUAAGAUGAUAGUGAAUGAAACCCUACGACUAUAUCCACCUGCUGUGAUGAUGAAAAGAAGAGCUGGGAAAGAAGUGAAGUUGGGAAAUCUAAGAAUACCAGCUGAAACACUGUUGUACCUCGCCAUGACAAAUGUUCACCAUGAUGUGAAUGUUUGGGGAGAAGACGCAAAUAAGUUCAACCCUUUGAGAUUUUUGGAACCUCGAAAGCAUCCAGCGACAUUCUUCCCUUUCUCAUUAGGUCCUAGAGUUUGUGUUGGCCAAAACUUGGCAAUGAUAGAGUCAAUAAUUGUGCUGGCUAUCAUUCUUCGUCAAUAUGUCUUAAGGAUAUCACCAACUUAUGUUCAUGCGCCGAUGCAAUUGAUGACCUUGCAACCUCAAUUUGGUGCUCAUAUCCUUUUCAAGAAUAUUUAAUUUCCUAUUCAUACUAGCUAUGAGACCUUCAUGCAUUCUACUUAUUUAUCAAAUUACCCUGUAAUAUUUUCUACA